GGCAGGUACAAAGUAGAACAGCGAACAGCAGACACAGAGAAGUCACAAGAGAACCGGAGAAUGUAAAUGACACUACAAGAAGACGGAAGGGGAAGUUGUAAAGAAAAGAACACUACCGUGAAAUACGAGAAGCAUCUUCAAGUGAUCGAGCGGCGGAAAGAGCGUGACCAUGGCAAAGAACCAUGCUGCCCUGUCUACAAACUCUCAGCUCUACACCGAACCUUCCUACACUCCCUUCCCCAUCUUACUCAACACCACAGACAUUCAGCCCACUCAUCCCUCGACGAUCAUGAGCUACGACGCGGGACCCAUAUUAGGCGCCCUCAUCCUCACCAUAGUCUUCGUCAUCGGUGCUCCCGGGAACCUGUUCGUCAUCUGGAGCAUCCUGGCUCGCACCCGCCGCCGCUCGGUCACCACCCUCCUCAUCCUCAACCUGGCCUUUGCCGAUGGAGCCCUGAUGGUGCUGAUUCCGUUCUUCAUCGUCUACCUGAUGAGGCGCAGCUGGAUUUUCGGACUCGGGAUGUGCAAAGUGCUGUACUACCUCUGCUGCGCCAACAUGUACGCCUCCAUACUGCUGAUCUCCCUGAUGAGCCUGCACAGGCUCGUGGCGGUGGUGUGGCCCCAGCGCAUUGGCGCCAUCACUGGCCGGAGGACUGUGGGUCGGGUGUUGGUGGUACUCUGGUUUCUGGCGCUGGCCCUGGCAGUGCCUGUUCUGGCGUUUAGGACGGUGACCCCACUGAGAAAAGAAGGAUAUGACCUGAAGAGUCUCGUGUGUGACUGCAUACACCACACAAACACAUAUGUCAUGAUGCAGUACGGGAUGGAGACGUUCCUGGGGUUCCUUCUGCCCUACGGACUGAUCGUGGGCAGCUACGCGUGCAUACUGCGCAGAAUUCGGCAGACCAAGUUCCGCAGACGCGUGCGCAGCGAGAAACUGAUUCUCACCAUCAUCAUCACAUUCGGAAUACUCUGGCUGCCAUACCACAUCAUCAACAUGAUGCAGGUGGCAGCAGCGUUUUAUCCUGACAGCUCUCCUGUAAGAACGAAACUGAUCAGCCUGCGGUCGCAUCUGCGCGCCUUCGUCUCCACCAUGGGGUUCGUAAGCAGCUGCAUCAACCCCGUCCUCUACACGUUAGCCGCGAGGGUGUACAUCCAGCGCGCCGGCGCGGCUUUCAUGGCGCGUCUCUUCGACGCCACGGGACUCGACUCCUCGUCGCGCAAGGGCCGCCUGUGUACCCAGAACAGCUGCGACCCGGACCGCAUCAGAAUGGAGGAGGAGGAACUCCGCGACAAGGAGUCCGAGUCCAUCAGCGGCAGCACGAACGGCAACCUCAAAGUCACGUCGGUAAAGCACGAGAAGUAGUUGGUCAAAGGAACUGGGCGUUUGCUUUUGGGCGCGCUCCUAAAGGCUUGCACUCGGUGCCGCUGACUUCAACCGAGUGACUGUCCACAAAAGUGGGUGUAAAUAUGUUUAUAAUUGCUGGUGCACAUUGCUUUUGAAAGUAGCUCGUAAGAGGGUAUGACGGGGAGACCUUUGACACAGUGGGUGUCUGACCUGAAGAGCCAAAGGCUAAAAUGUGCUGCCAGUGCAUUCCUUGGGACUUAUGAUCUCGUCCAGUACACACCCCUGACCUCCAGAUGGCGCAAUGUCAACACAAUCUUACACAAUCUAAAUGGUGUUUUAAAGCUUCUCGAAUGAUCAGAACCUGACAUGAACUGAAAACCUGAACAUGAACUGACUAAAGAAAUUUGAUUCACACCAACUUGAAGUCAGGUUCAAAUGCUGCAUCAAUCUCGCAUUCCCAAGUUCAACUUCACAUUCCUGAUAUGCAUUUUUGUCCGCUGCAUGGUUUGCUCUGUGGCUCAAACUAGUAAACGUAUAUCACUGCUUUUAUUAUUAAGAGGACUAAGUGCAUUGUAAAACAAAUCUGUAAUUUUAGUAGUGUUUUUAACAGAAAAGUAGCUUUUUAAAAACAGUUAAAUAUUAAAAUAUGUUACAUAUUUAACAGUCAAAUUUUGAAAACAGUUAAACCAAAUAUUCUAGUCUUCAGUAUGUUUCAUUCUUUACAUUAAAUCGGUUCUUACUGUAAACUUCACUGGAACCAGCACUGUGCGGCCAAUAAUUUACUGUAAAAUUGCAGUGAUUUUUUUUCCCCCAGAGUGAUAUAUUAAGGACUAAUAACAGAGUUGAAAGAUGAUUUAACAUUGUAACAUGAGAAUACACCUUAAUUGACCAGAAAAGGUUGGAACAAGAUGGAACAUAGAUUUACAGAAUUAAAAAUGAGAAAUCAAAAAUUGACUGCUUUUAUUUAAUACAUUUCUGUGUGUUUGCACAGAAUAUUGUAAUGAUUUAAUGCUUGUGUAAAAUUAGUUUUAAAUUUACUGGUCUACAUCAGUGGUGUUAAACAUUUAUAUUUACAGGUUAUUUGGAAGAUGCCCUUGUCCAGCAAAGUGUCUGUAGCCUUUAUCAAGACAAUUAGUUUGUAUUUCUUUACAUUUGUGUGAGUGUGUGUGAAAGAAAGAGAGAUCCUUCAUUCAGAGAUAUAAAAUGUUUAUAUGCACUGCACACUGUAAAUUCUGAAAUCAGAAUUUUUUAAUUUAAAGUCACAAUAUGAAUAAAAUGACUUAAAAAAAAGCAACAUAACUCUAGUUUGUGUGUGUGUGUGUGUGUGUGUGAGAGAGAGAGAGAGAGAUACUGUAUCAACCUAAGUUCAACUGCAUGUUUCUGAUAUUCAUUACUGUCCACUGUGGUUUGCUACUUCACCCAAACUAGUCAAUUAGUUAGUUAUAGUGGAUAUCA